UCAAACUACCACUACCAACCUACUACUACCAGUCGCUGGCAUCGCGACAAAAGUCCCCUAUCCAAGCGCUUCCUGCUAAACGCAGCUUCAAACUCUCUCUGUGUUCCUCGGAGCUACUCACACACACUCCCCCUUCAUUGUCCUCUUCGCACCCGAACCCCCACAUGGUCAUGGAAGAGGCCGCCAUUAAUGGCGAUUUGAAGGAGACGGAGAAGAAGAGUUCUUUGGUGCUCUACCCAUCCAAGGGAAUGGGCCACCUCGUCUCCAUGAUCGAGCUCGCCAAGCUCUUCGCCCGCCACGGCCUCUCCGCCACCGUCGUCAUCGUCGACUCCCCCUACAACACCGGCGCCACCGCCCCCUUCCUCUCCUCCGCCUCCUCCUCCACCGACCCCUCCGUCUCCUUCCACCGCCUCCCCCCUGCCCAGCUCGCCCCGAGCCCUUCACCCCACCCCGAAGUCCUCGCCUUCGACCUCCUCCGCCGCUCCAACCCCGCCCUCCUCUCCUUCCUCCGCUCUCUCUCCCCCUCGCCCCGCGCCCUCGUCCUCGACUUCUUCUGCACGGACGCCCUCGACGUCGCCGCCGAGCUCGCCCUCCCCGCCUACUUCUUCUUCACCUCCGGCGCCUCCGCCCUCGCCGUGUUCCUCCACCUCCCCAUGCUCCACGCCCGCUCGGCGAAAUGCUUCAGAGAGCUCGGCGCGGAGCCGCUGCGCGUCCCGGGCGUGCCCCCGCUCCCCGCCGACCACAUGCCCCUCCCCAUUCUCGACCGCGCCGACGAGGCCUACGAGGGCUUCCUCGGCCACUCCCGGCGCCUGGCCCGCUGCGCCGGCAUCGUCGUCAACACCUCCCGCUCUCUCGAGCCCCGCGCUGUGGACGCCCUGAUCGCCGCGGGGCUCUGCGUCCCCGACCACGAGCGGCCCCGACCCACCCCGCCCGUCUACUGCGUCGGCCCGCUCGUCAAAUCCAGCGACGGCGCCCGCGGGCGCGGCGAGGAGUGCCUCGCGUGGCUCGACGCCCAGCCCAAGGCGAGCGUCGUGUUCCUCUGCUUCGGGAGCGUCGGGCGCUUCUCCGCGGCGCAGCUAAAAGAGCUCGCGAAGGGGAUCGAGAAGAGCGGGCACAGGUUCUUGUGGGUGGUCAGAAGCCCACCGAGCGACGACAACGACGACCCGGAGAAGCGCUUCUUGCCGCCGCCCGAGCCGGACCUGGAGAAGCUCUUACCGGAGGGGUUUUCGUGCCGGACCAGGGAGAGGGGCAUGGUGGUGCAGUCAUGGGCCCCGCAGAGAGAGGUGCUGGCCCACGAGUCGGUCGGGGGGUUCGUGACGCACUGCGGGUGGAACUCGGUGCUGGAGGCGAUCUGCAGCGGGGUGCCGAUGAUCGCGUGGCCGCUGUACGCGGAGCAGUGGAUGAACAAGGUGUUCUUGGUCGAGGAGAUGCGGCUGGCGGCGGCGGUGGAGGGGUACAAUAGAGAGCUGGUGACGGCGGAGGAAGUGGAGGCCAAAGUCAGGUGGCUGAUGGAGUCGGCCGAGGGAGGGAGGGAGCUGCGGGAGCAGACGAAAGCAGCGGCAGAGAGGGUGAGAGAGGCCGUGGAGGAGGGGGGAGAGUCGCAUGCCGCACUGAUGGAGCUCAUGCAAGUGUGGAAACACAGCUGAACGAAAAAAAAAAUUACGUAGUUUUAAUAUAUUUAUCUGUCAAUAAUAAUAAUAUAAUAAUAAUUAUUUUAUUUCAGUAAAUCACAAAUAAUAUCAGUUACAGUGAAAAGAUGAAAAUGUAACAGGUAGUAAAACAAAUCUUGCAUCCUUGAAUUGCAAUGAUUGCAAUUCUCUCCUUAACAUUAACAUCCUUGUCAUUCCUCUUGAUUUCGUAAAUCUUUUAACAGAGAGAGAGAGAGAGAGAGAGAGAGUAACAAUUUACAUCCACUUUUUGAUAUACACUCUUGAUAAAAUAGCACUAUUUCUUUUCAUUAAAAAUUAGGUAACAAUUAUAAAUUUAAGUAUUGUUCGGGGGAAGGAGUAUAAGAUUCGAUAUUUUCCUUCAUCCCUGAACCAAACAGCACCUCUAUGCCUUUGUAUAUAUAUUAAUACUCUAGCAAGUAUCAUCAUCUUAAACACAGUUCCUUUAAUAUUGCAAAGGGCUCGA